AUGCAAACCAGCAUCUCAAUUCAUGUCGCCCUGCUGAGUGGCCAAUCAGUCUGCAUAGUAUCCGAGCUGCAAUGGACCAUCGGAGAUCUCAGGUCCCGAGUGGCCGAGCAUUGGGGAAGCCGUAUCAGUUCCAUGGCUGCUGCCGGUGGCCUCCAGCUGAAGCACAAGUGGACGUUGGAGGUCGCCGGGCUCAAAGACGGUGACACCGUCUUUGCUACGCUCCGGCGCCCGGCGCUCUACUCGAGCCCCGGGGCAUCUGCCGUUGCCCUCGUUCACAGCGACGGCUCCGUAAGGGUUUGGGGCGAUUCGGCCUAUGGUGGCGACUGCAGCGCCGUCCAGGAGAAGCUCCGGGAUGUCCAGGAAGUCCGGGUGAGUUCUGGGGCCUGCGCAGCCAUCCUCGCCAAUGGGAGCGUGGUGACUUGGGGGGACGACCUGUCCGGCGGGGACAGCGGGGCCGUCCAGGAGAAGCUACAGGACGUGGUCGAGCUCUUUGCCUUUCGCUGCGCCUUCGCUGCGAUCCUCGCGGAUGGCAGCGUGGUUAGUUGGGGCGAGGCGGCUUCAAGAGGUGAUAGCCGGACGAUCGAAGCACAGCUCAGAAACGUGCAGGUGAUCAGUGCGACCAGAUCUGCCUUUGCUGCACUGCUGACAGAUGGGAGCGUGGUGGCCUGGGGCGAUGUGGCCUGUGGUGGUGACACUCGCCACGUUCAAGAGCGCCUCAAAAAUGUCCGGCACAUCGAUGCCUCUGAGAGGGCCUUUGCUGCGAUCCUGGCUGACGGAGGCAUCGUCACCUGGGGCGAUGCAGAAUCGGGCGGGGAUUCUUCCAAGGUGCAGCACUCUUUAAAGGCCGUACUGCGCUUGAAGGCCUCAGAUGCAGCCUUUGCUGCUCUACUGGCGAAUGGUCGGGUUGUUACUUGGGGAGAUCCCGGCUGCGGCGGAGACAGUUCUGCUGUCUUCGAUAGCCUCGAGGACGUGCAGCACAUCGAAGUCUCCUCCCGCGCCUUCGCAGCUGUGCGCGCAGAUGGCAGCGUGGUUACUUGGGGCGACGCGAUGUUUGGUGGAGACAGCAGUGGUGUGCAGCAGCAGCUGACGAAGGCCGGGCCGUGUACAACAGCGUUCCUGUCGUUAAAGCGCACCCUAAGCAAGACGAUGAUGAGGAUACCUCGAAAUUGA